CCACGGCUGACCAGCGUCCCCCGCAGCGAGGCCGUCUGGGAGAGCAUGGCGCGCAUGUGCGUGAAGACGCGGCGGCUGGACGUGGCCAGGGUGUGCCUGGGCAACAUGGCCCACGCGCGGGGGGCCCGGGCCCUGCGCCAGGCUGAGCAGGAGCCUGAGCUGGAGGCCAGGGUGGCCAUGCUGGCCAUACAGCUGGGCAUGCUGGACGACGCCGAGCAGCUGUACGAGCAGUGUGGACGCUACGACCUGCUCAACAAGCUGCUCCAGGCCAGCGGGCAGUGGCAGCGGGCACUGGAGCUGGCCGAGCGACGGGACCGUGUGCACCUGCGCUCCACGCACUACAGCUACGCGCGGCACCUGGAGGCCAGUGGGGACCGCAGCCGGGCCCUCAGCCACUACGAGAAGUCGGACACGCACCGCUUCGAGGUGCCCCGGAUGCUGUCCGAGGACCUGCCGUCGCUGGAGCUCUACGUUGACAAGAUGAAGGACAGGGCGCUGUGGCGCUGGUGGGCGCAGUACCUGGAGAGCCAGGCGGACAUGGCGGCCGCGCUGCACUACUACGCGCUGGCGCAGGACCCCUUCUCCCUGGUGCGCAUCCACUGCUUCCAGGACAACGUGCAGAAGGUCGGCCCCGGGGCGCGCGGGCGCCCCCCGCAGUACCACGAGGCCCUGCAGCUAUGCCUGGACCAGAACAUGACGCUGACGGAGGAGAUGGCCGAGAAGAUGACCGCGUCCACGGGCGCCCAGGACCUGGGCGCCGAGGCCCGGCGGGAGCUGCUGGAGCGGGUGGCCGACUGCCUCAUGCGCCAGGGCAGCUACCACCUGGCCACCAAGAAGUACACGCAGGCGGGGGACAAGCUGAAGGCCAUGCGGGCCCUGCUCAAGUCGGGGGACACGGAGAAGAUCGUCUUCUUCGCCGGCGUGUCGCGGCAGCGGGAGCUCUACGUCAUGGCCGCCAACUACCUGCAGUCCCUGGACUGGCAGCGGGAGCCGGCCAUCAUGAAGAACAUCAUCAGCUUCUACACCAAGGGCCGGGCCCUGGACCUGCUGGCCGGCUUCUACGACGCCUGCGCCCAGGUGGG